AUGCAGAAGGCCCAGGAGGCGACAGCCUCAUGGGCCGCCGAGGAACGUCGUGAUGCCCUGGUUGAGCAAGCGCAACAGGACGCCCUUCGUGUGGAGGAGCGAGCCAAUAGGCAGCGGUUGGAGGACGCCCAAGCGGACAAGCGGGCGGCGGAGCUGAAGUGUCAAGAUGAAUUACGAGCGGAUGACAGGUGGGCCGGGGAGAAGAGGGCGGAUGCCAUGGAGGUCCCACGCCGGCAAGAAAUGCAAGAGGCCAAGGAGGACCGGGAGCUGCUGUGUCAACAGGCAAAACUCGACCGUGAGGUGGCCAAUCAUCAGAUGAAGAUGGAACGGGAGGCGGCCCAGGCCAGGGCGGCAGAGGAUUGGAAGCGUGAGCGGCAGCGGGAUUUGGAUCAGAAAGCCAAAGAGAAGAAGGAGGCGCAGGAGUGA